CGAGCAAAGCUCAUCUCUACGUUUAUCAAAACCUCUCACCCCACCAAUCCAGAGCGGCCGAUGCGCGCUACCAUCGAUCUCAAGGCCGUUCGAGCCAAGAAGCGUGAAAUAAUGAAGGGUACGACCUAGGAGCAUGGGCAAAGCAGAUGUCUGACCAGGUACCUGAAGGCCCCCUCAAAGUUGAGGGGGCCUGUGUGUUAGUACCGUACCGUAGUUAAGAGUCCAGUUCCAUUUCGUUUGGCCUGGACCAGAACCCACCCCGCCAAAAACGUCACCAACACCGCCCGCUUCCUUUCUUGACUUUUGCGAUUCAGUCUGCAACCACAAGGCUUCUACUUUUUCUUCGCUCCCACCUCUUAUCUUUUUUCUUUUUGUCCCCGGGAUUGUCUCCUUUCUACUACCACUUACUUACUAUACUAGCAGAAGUCUGUUGCAUACCUAUCGCAUCAACUCCUGCUGCGUGUCGUUACUCUUCACCAAAAGCCAUAUCGACAGCAUAACCCACUACGACCAAGCAUCGUCUUCCUUCAUCGACUCCAAGCUUAUCAACGACCAUGUCGUCAUCGACUCCGCCACCCACGGUCGACGCGCCUGACGAGACGCAGAGCGACACUUCCAAGUUGCGAACAUUUCUGGGGAUAUUGAAGAAGUUCAUCGGCGUUUCAGAUCUUGCAGCAGUUAGAUUCUCGCUGCCGUCGCAGUUGCUCGAACCUACCCCGAACUUGGAAUACUGGACCUAUAUCGAUGCCCCCAAUGCCUUUGUUGCUAUGGGCACUUCCGAUGACCCUCUCGAUCGAAUGCUCGAGGUCGUACGCUUUUGGCUGACCAAGGAUCUGAAGUACGCCAAAGGAAAGCCCUGCAAACCUUACAAUUCAUGUCUCGGCGAGUUCUUUAGGUGUAACUGGGAAACUGAAGAUAAUGCUCCAAAGAUCGACACUUCAAGCCUCCAACAGACUAAUGGCACCUCCAAGGGUGGCCUUUCAGCGCUGAAAGUGGCAGCAAAGGGGGAUAAGAACGCUUCAAACGUCUCACUCUCUGUGCCCCAGCAUGGCGCUGCAAAGGACGACAAGCUUAUUCGCGUCUCCUAUCUUACUGAACAGACCUCACACCACCCCCCUGUGAGCGCCUUCAACGUCACCUGCCCCGAGAAGGGUAUCACAGCCCGUGGCUUUGACCAGAUCACUGCCAAGUUCACAGGCACCUCCGUCAAAGUCCUUCCUGGGGAGCAUAACAUGGGCAUAUUCAUAACCCUCGAAAAGCGUGAUGGAGAGACUUACCAGCUUACCCAUCCGGCGGCCCAUCUGGGCGGCCUUCUCCGCGGAGCUUUGAGCGUAUCGGUCAGCGAAUUCGCUUACAUCACAUGCCCCAAGACCAAGAUCAAGGUCAUUCUGCACUAUGUUGAGGAAGGCUGGCUGGGACGCACAACAAACAAAAUUGAUGGCGUUGUCUUCAAGUACGAUCCCGAGAACGAUGACAAAUCUCGAGUUCAGGACGUGCCUGAUGAACAUGUCCUUGCUCGGUUGAGUGGUCCGUGGAAGGAGAAGGUCGUUUUUACUCUCGGUCCCAGACCAGUUAAAUCCGUACCUGUGGAAGAGCAAUACACCAUUAUCGAUAUUGCACCCCUCAGUGUUGCGCCCAAGAUCAUCCCUCCCAAGGAAAAGCAGCUUCCCAACGAAUCUCUGACUCUUUGGGGUGGUGUCACAGAUGCUAUCCACGCCAAACAAUAUAGCAAGGCUACCCAGGUGAAGGUCGAGCUCGAAGAGGCUCAGCGCGAGAAGGCCCGGCAACGUGAGGCCAACAAGGAAACGUGGCAGCCCGUCUUUUUCAAGCAUGUCACUGGUAAUGAUGGCAAGCCCGAUCUGACCGAUAAGGGCCGCGAGGUCCUUGAACGGGCGCAAAAGGGUGACUGGUCGCUCGAAGGCAUCAUGUAGACGUUUGCCUUUGUUUCGAUACUUGGGUUGUGUCGUGCAUUGGAUGCGAUUUUCUUCCGCAAACACGAACAACAGGGGGAGUAUUGGGAGCUUAGUCGUUGGGAUUGCUAUACGCAGUAUUUUUUUUUUUUUUUCUUUUGGGGGGGGGAGGGGGCUUUUCUGUGUCAGAAAGACACUUCUGGAAUAGAGUUUCAUUGCGCCGGAGAGUAGCACGGGAAUGAUGUAUGCAUCAGAAGUCGAUGAACCCCGAAGAUGCAUAACGGGCUUGCGCACUCGUUACUUGGAGUUGUGGGAGUUCUUGAGGUCUAGGAUUGUUGCUAACUAGAUAGCAAGAUUCUCUGGACGAUAUGUUGCUUACUAUCGACUUCGCUCAAGACCCGUGAUUGUUCAAUGCGGUCAACACUAAUCGACACUACGCAUCUCAAUCUCAAAGGGAUAUAGUAAACUGGCAUCGUAUCGUUACACAUAUCUUAGCGUGCAUUUGAUCUCGCGGAUCUUAUCCUAUAGUACAAGAGUGGCAAUUCUUACUUUUAAUACAUCGUAUCUGAAACCGAAGA